AUGCCAAAUCGCAAAACACACCCUAGGCAAAGUGAGAUGCCAGAUGAGGAAGCAAAUGUAAAUAAUAGAAUUUUUAGUAAAACUAAAGAGUGGAAAGUUAGUAGAUUUAAUGACUCAGAGAAUAUAACUGAGUAUUUUUGUCAAUUUGAAAUAACCGCAAAAGUUAAUAAAUGGACAUCACAAGAAAAAGCACUAUCCCUUUUGCACGCACUAGAUGGGAAAGCAAGAGGUGUAUUUCACGAAUUGCCAGAUAUUGAUACAGUCACGUAUAACGAGAUUAAAGAGCUGUUGUUUAAACGAUUUGGACCAUCAAACUAUUCAGAAACAUACGAAUAUAAUUUAUCGCAGCUUAGAUUACAAAAUGAUCAGAACAUUCGAGAUGUGUCUCAGGAAGUUAACAGACUAUCAAGACUAUCCUAUCCAGAGUUAAGUAAUGACAUGAGAGAAAAGUUUGCAGUAAAACAUUUAAUUAAUGCUAUUGGUAAUAAAGACAUCAUGUUCUAUGUAAAAGACAAAGAACCAAGAACAUUAGAUGAAGUAUGUCAGCUAUAUGAAAAAUAUAAAGUUUUAUCAGAUGAUGGCAAGAGAAAUCAUUCGAGAUCUCUAGUUCAGAUAGUUCAAGAUAAUGACGAGUUUGAUGACAAGAAAUCCAAUGUUGUUAAACAAGAUGAUCCAAUUACAAAUAUGAAUAACAGAAUAGAAAAAUUGUUCAGCAUGAUUGAUGAGAUUAAACGAGAUAAGUUUGAAAACAGAAAUAACAGCCAGAGAAAAGCUUUUAACAAUAAGUUUGGAAAUAAUAAUUUCAUCAGAAACAACAUAAAAACACCCUCCAAGUGUAACCAUGAUAAGGAAGCAUUAGUUCAUGUAGAAGCUGUAUUUAGAACUAAACAUUUAAAAUGUCUACUAGAUAGUGGUGCAGAUGUGAAUCUUUGUCCAAAGAAAUUUGUUGAUGAUUUGAAAAUUUUGAAAAGUAAUAAGGAAUUGUAUGCAGUUAAUAACAUGGAGUUAAUAGUAAACGGAACAAUUACACUGGCAUUAGAACUUAAGUAUCAGAAGAUUUUUACAACUUUCUAUGUGUCACCAAACGUUGAUCAUAUAAUUUUAGGGAAGAAUUGGUUAUAUAACAAUUGCAUUUGGAAUUUUGGAAGGAGUAGUAUUGAAAUAAACGGAAAAAGUUACAACCUCGUAAAAUCUAGACAAGAAACAGAUAUAAGCUGCAUUUCGAAAGUUACGGCUGUCAUUCCACCCCGCAGUGAAAUGUUCAUUCAGACGUUUAUAGAAAAAUCAAAUUUGAGGCUUUUAGGACAGGAUACAGCAUGGUCAACUAGCAUAAAUAAAGUCAAAAACAAUUUGCUAACUGCGAGAUCAUUAAUUGAUGUCAAUAAACCGUCUACGAGUAUUAGAGUAUGUGACAUAUCAGAUGAAAAAGUUGAAAUACCUAAGGAUCAAGUAAUCACCAAAUUACAUGAAGUUGUUGUAGUUGAUGAUAAAGUUCAAGAAUCAAAUAACAAACCCACCAAUGUAUAUGAUGAGACUAUAAACACAAUAGUUGAUGAGGUACAUUCCAGUGUUCCAGAUAAUAUUCGUAGUAAUUUGAAAAAGUUGUUGCUGAAGUAUAAAAACAUUCUCUCAUUAAGCGAGUUUGAUUUAGGAAGAACUAAUGUAACGCAACAUGAAAUUGAUACCGGAGCAAACAGACCAUUUCGCCAAGCUUUGCGACCGCAACCUAGAGCACAUCUACCAAUCAUUGACAAUUUGUUAGAAGAGAUGUUACAGCAAAAAGAUAUAAAAUACAAAGAUGAGAUUUUCAAAAAAAAGCAGUAA